UUUAAAGGCAAACAAAGAAAUAAUACAAAAGACAGUGUGCCGUGAGUUAUGGCAAUGUCCACUGGAUGGACUGCGGCAGAAGGUCUAUCCAAAAUGUGGACUUCUUUUUGUAUAUUUAAUGUGCUUUACUGCAUUGCAAAUGCAGAAACGUAUAAUACAUACUAUGGUACUCCUGCUGAUAGCAAAGAAGUAGCCAAAUUUCAAGCGAAAAAUAUAUCUCAUAUAUGCAUCUCCAACUUCAAGCCAUGUGACGAGAACGAGUGGAGUCGAGUAGACGGUUCCUGCAACAACCUGGAGAAUCCUACUCAUGGCAUGUACCACACUCCGAUGUGGAGGAUGUUGCCAGCCUACUAUAGUGCCGAUUAUGAACCAAGAAAAACGAAAUCGGGCAAAGACUUCCCUCUUGCGAGAUACCUCCGCUUGAUGCUCAUGAAAGUUGGUGAUUCCAUAAGUGAAGUUUUCGCUACAUCUUUGUCGUAUUUCGCUGAAUUCGCAUUUGGGGAUGUGGGAUCCGUUCAUGAUAUUCGUUUAUACUUGCGCACGAUAACCCACUGCUGCAAACCAGAAGGCUUAACUGACAAAAGAUGUACACCUAAUUUCAUACCAGAGAAUGACAACGUACACAGGUUUUCGGGUAUCAAAUGCCAUAAUUUAACCAGACCAUUAUCAUUCCAAAGCACAGGAUGCGCACCAACUAACACAGUUCCAGAAAGAAUUAACUUCGUAACAACAUUUUUCGAUAUAUCUAAUGUAUAUUAUCACGCUGCGGGAUCUAUUGAACAAAACAGAGCUUAUGAAGGUGGCCGACUUAAAGUUGAGGUUGUUAAUGGUGGUAGUUUUCCAAGUGAUGCAAACGAAACCACAACUUGUUUCUUAAAAGAUGCUGUAGCAACUGAUUGCGCCAGAAACGUACCCAACGGUUUACUCGGAACAAAUCUUUUUAGUACAUAUUUCUGGAGAUUGCACAAUUAUAUCGCGGACGCGUUGGUUCUGCUGAACCCAUGCUGGGACGAUGAGACUGUUUUCAAUAAUGCGAAGGACAUCAACAUUGCAUGGUACAAGCAGGUUUUGAUGUACGAGUUCUACCCUCUCAUGCUUGGUAGAGAAAACAUGAUAAAUAAUAACAUUAUCGGUUGUGAUGGUGACUUCAGAGAUCCGUAUGACAAAAAUGUUGAUUCUAACCUAGCCAUGGAGUUCGCUUAUGCCUUACGUUGGUUCCACAGCACGCAAGACGCACGACAAGAAAUGUACGACAAAAAUGAUAAAUUCAUCAACACGCAAGCUGUAGUGAACUACUCUCUUCGUGUACAAGAUCUGGCAUUCCACGACACGUUGCUUCAAAUGACUCACGGUAUUUACAUGCAGCCUGCUGGAGGAUUCGAUGAUACUGUACAUCCUGAUAUCGCUGAUUCUGGUCUUGGUCGACUAGCCAAGGCGUUUGACAUCCUCACCGCUGACUUGGCCAGAGGAAGAUAUUUUGGAUUGGCACCUUACAUGAAGUACAGAGACUACUGUUCCGACUACACAAUCAGUCACGAGAAAUUUGAAGAUUUAAGCUACAUCAUGAAACCUAAUAAAAUUGACGAGCUCAAAAGAGUAUACGAGAAUCCGGAGGAUAUUGAGUUGAUGGCUGGUAUGUGGGCUGAAGACAUAGGGGAAAAUAACCCGAUACCACCCACAGUCGCCUGCAUACUUUCAAAACAACUGCAGAGAAGCGUGGCCAGUGACCGCCACUGGUAUGAAAGACCUAACAGACCUCAUGCAUUCACUGCUGACCAAUUACAAGAAGUAAGAAAGGCAACACUUGCGGGUAUGCUUUGCGCAAUUGGAGACGAGGUUUCCAUGAUCCAACCACAAGCUUUCUUGAGGAUUAGCGAGAGUAACUACAAAGUAAGCUGCGAUGAAAUUCCGACCAUAGACUUCACUUAUUGGAAGGAUGACAGCUGUGAUGCUUACUGAAAAAAAAAAAAUUAAAUCCGUCUGAACUCAAAAUAAAAUAUUUACAUAAUUUU